UUCCAAUUAAUAUCGACCUCUUAAAAGAUAAAUAUGGUCCUAAGCUGUGACGACGCGUUCAUUUACGGUCCAGUGGUUGAGUGGCUGAUUCAGGUUUAACACUCACACCACUCAUGGCAAUAUGUUUGAAGAUUUCUUUGAUCAGAUUGAAAAAGAACUUGGACCACUUUAUCCAGACUGGUUUGAAGAGUUGACUGCACAAGCUUCUAGAGAUGAAGGAGGUCUUGACAUUUCAAAAGAGGAAGAUGAGGAGGAAUACACUGCAAAAGGACCAGAGACAUCUGCCCUGGCCAGUCAACUGUUUUCUACACCAAAAAUAUUCAAGCAACGUCAUCUACAGUCUCCUGAUUCCAUAUAUAAUGAAGAUUCCCCUUAUCAAGUGACUAAUGGAGUCUCAUCAGCUUGUCCCUGGACAGAUUCAAGCCCUUGUCUGUUUGGUUCAGCCAAAGACAGGUUUGAUAGAUCCUGUAGACAACCUGGUGAUUGCUUUGGACUUCUGGAUACACCAAAAACAUCUUUGGCACGUUCUGCAAAGCAAAUAUCUGAGAGCCUUGGGGCACAGAUGAACCCGGACCUAUCCUGGAGCAGUUCCUUUAACACACCAUCAUCUUUGACUCCCACUGUGAUGUUGCCUAAAACAGAGGAUCAUGCUCCAUCUGCAAGUUGCCUUAAAGACAAAGAAGCAAUUUUUGUGCGGAAACUUUUUCCAUCCCUCUCAAAAGGCUCUGAAAGUAGUGGGACGUUAUGUGAGAGAGCAUCUUCAGUAAAACAGGAUGUGAGAUCCACAAGUGAGACUGUCCAGGCUGAUGGCCAGGGAGGAAAGCCUAUUUGCUCCCCAGAUUCAUCGUCUGAUAUCAAUGGUCUAUGGAAGCAGUCUGUGCCUAAUGCUAUAGAGGAUGGGGAUAUCUGCAGCACAGUGCAGAAUGUUCUUGAUGGUGCUGAGGAUGUGUUGUCUAUUUUCUUCAGCAAUAGCACUUCAGCUCUGCGGAGAGUCAAAUCCAAAGAUAGGAACAGAAGGAGAAUAAACGAUUCUUCAAAAGAUUUCAAAUCAACUGUUCCAAUUUCAGAGCCAGGAGAGAUGUUAAAUGGAGAUAAAACUCAUACAGAUGAUUUAGAAGCAAAAAGCUCCAUCGAAAACAAAGAUGUCAUGCAGUGGACCCCACUAAGUUUGUCAGACUCCAGCCUUAAUGAAGGGUUUUCCUCUGGCUUGCCUUUAAUAAACAAUCACAAAACUGUUGCAUCCAAUGAAACGAAUGGUGGCACUUUUUUGGACCAGCAUAUUCUCAAAGACUUCGCCUCACAAAAUAGCCACAUUUUUUCAAGUAGUGUUGAAAGAGUCAAGUCUUUUCCAAAUGCCCAUGCAGAAGGAUCUCUGUGUCAGAAGUCUUUAUUUGAUAAAUCGCCUGCUUUCACGCUUGCUAGAAAACCCAGGAGAUUUGUGUAUCAAGUGCAGAGGUCAGAAUUGUUGAAAACAUUUACAACAAUUAACAACAAAUUGGAGCACACACUGACAGGAAAACCCCCUGAAGACAAGAAAUCCAGUGGCCUUAAUGAGUCCAGAUUAAUCACUGAAGAGACGGUCAAUCAUCAGACAUGGCGACAAAUCACUGCUGUUCAACAGAUCACGGCAGAUCCUCACGAAAUUGAUCAAGGACUGAAUAUGACACAACUUUCCAAGGCGUUUGCAGAGGAUUUCACACAAGAAAUAAUGUCUGGAGGGGGACCGCCUGACACACAUGUACAAACUGACCAAAAUGGCCCCAUUUCAUCCACAUUCAGAAUCUGCCAAGGUCAGUCUGAGUUUGAGUUAGACCAGAAGAAUAAAGAUGGUAUUUACCAGCAGGACUCUCAAGAUAAUCCCGAUGACAGCUCUGCGGUUGCAGAUGUAUCUGUCAGCUCCCCAAACAAGUCAACCGUUGCACUCACAACUUUUGAAAUCAGUCAUGACAGUGGUUGUCCCACCACAUUUUCAGGUUUUGAUGGGAUGACUGCAUCUUGCACAGGCACCAUGGACAUAUUUUCUGAAUUUAAAAGCGCAAACAACAAGAUCAUAACUGUUCCUCAUGAGGCUAUAAAGAGUGCCAAACCAUCAUUAGAUGAGGAUAUAGGGGACCGUUUGUUCAACACCUUAAAUGAAACCACUCCAAAACAUAACCACACAAAAGAAACCGUUUCCAAAUCAAUUUCAGACAGCACUAAUACAACAAGUUCACCCUUAGGACAGUCCAUCCUUCCUAAACAUGCAUCAAGAACUUGUGAUAGCAAUGUUCUGCCCAGUCCAGGACUCUUAUGUUCAAAGGGCAUUAAACAGAAUAUUUCAAUCUGCUUUUCACCACAGUCAAAUGAAUGUGAUGAUAAAAUUGGUUCAGAGAGGAAUAUUACAGUUUCAGAUGUUGACCUUCAGAAAGCUGGGACUCUUUUGAAAGAGAAAUUGGAGAGAGACUCUGAUUCAUUGAAGUGGACUAAUCAAAAACUGGAAUCCCAAAGAGGUGCUGAAAGACAGAUUGUGUUAGACAUUAACAUCAAGCACAAACCCAACACAGCGGAAUCCAGCCGUGAUGAUGUUGAGAACUGCCCUUUGACGGCUUCACAAAAGGCUGAUGUUACAGAAUUGUGCAAUCUUUUGGAGGAUGGGGAUAGCCAGUAUGAAUUCACUCAGUUAAAAUUAAAAAAGUUUGGUUCAGACAACCACCACAACUCUGAAAGAGAUUGGGAUUCUGAUCUCCUUAAUGGUAUUGACUUUGAUGAUAGUUUUAACUCUGAUGCUGGGAAAGGAAAGCACCAAUUCAAUACAGAUGCUUCUUCGAUAAACAAUUCUGUUCAUACUAACAAUGAACAUGAACAUGCUCCAGUAAAAACUUUAGAUGGUGAUAAAUUAGGUACCAUAUCAAUGGAAACACAAGAUGAAAUGGUGCAUUCGUUAACGGCUAAGGACAAUGUGGGUGAGGGCCUAAAACAUGCAUUGGUAGAAUUGUGCAGUUUCAGUGAAAAAACAAAUGGUUUUGGUUUUAAAACCGCUAAAGGGAACACUAUAAUAAUUUCUGAAACGAGUUUAAACAAAGCAAGGCACUUUUUUGAAGAGGACGAUAUAGAUGUGAACAGAAAAGACAACAAGGCAGAUACAGAGGUGCUAAAUCCAGAACAAUCCAGAGGGCAUUCUGAAAUGGAGCCUUUAGCCAGUACUUCUGACAGUAUGGACAAGGAAAAUAAAACCCACCUUCAGGGAAGACAAGAUGAAAAUUUCAGCUGUGGAGAUGUGAAUGCAGCUUUUAAAGACUUUGAAAUAAAUAACCUAGUGACAGGAAAUAGUUUGGAUAGAAAAGCAGCUGUCCGUGUUAACUCAAAUAGCAAUUUUGGCUUUAGUACAGCUAAGGGAGAGAAGCUGAAUGUGUCUGAAAAGGCCCUUCUGCAAGCAAGAAAACUUUUUAUUGAUGUUGACAGCUUAGCGGAGCCAGAAACUCUGGAACUUGCUUUCCACACUUCUGGAAAGCAUGACAACUCUUUUUCAACAUCAAGCCUUCAGAAAACAAAAGCUGUUUCUUUGAGUGAAACAUCUAUAGAAAAAAAACUGUCCGGCUCACCCAAAUUACCCUAUGUUUCUUCCUACAACAUUAAAGAACAGAAAUCUGACAAUGACACUAAAGGAGUGUUCACAAACAUUUGUCCCUCAACAAGUUAUAUGCCUCAGUCAGUGCAUGGCCAUGGCUUUCAGACAGCCAGUGGGAAGGGAGUUUCCAUUUCAGCCAAAGCACUUAAAAACGCAAAGGCCAUAUUCAAAGACUGUGAUGAAAAUAUUGACUACUUGAAAUCAUCAAAAAUGGGGGAGAGUAAUGCCAAAAUGGACAUUGAAAAUGUCAAAAUAACAAAUGGAUUUACGACCCCAAGUGGUAGAAGUGUGACAUUUGCAGCAGAGGUGAUCAAUGAUGCAAAUGCUGUUUUCAAAGACUAUGAUGGUGUUACUGAUUUCUCAUUGCAUGCAAAUGGUGACAUAGUAAAUGAAAGCAAUUAUUACAGCAUGAAAACAUGUCAGGAUAACCUGGUUUAUGACUGCGAAAAACCUUCCUUGGACAAGAAACACACUCAGGAAGAAGGAUGUGAGCAGAAAGUAAAAGAAUGUAAAAAAGACUUUCAAAGUGAAUUCUCCUCUUUGCUUCCUCUUAAUGUCAACUGUGGUUUCAGUACAGCUAGUGGUAAAAAUGUAUCUGUCUCAGCUGAAGCACUCCAGAGAGCUAAGGAUGUUCUGUCAGAGUCAGUUGAUGGUUUCACAAAAAACAAUGGUUCUAGAAAGACAAAGCAGAAUGUGGACUUCCAAACAGAUACCAGUUCCUCAGGAAAAUGCGUUGGAUUCUCUACAGCGGGUGAGAAGAAGGUUGUCAUCUCUGCUACUGCUCUGCAAAGGGCAAGGAGUCUCUUUAAAGAUUGUGAAGAUGACAGUUUAGCGUCUGAGGAUCUUCAACCCCAAAGUUGUAAAGGCUUCAGCACUGCUGUUGCAGGUUAUGAUAAAACCUCCUUCAGUGAUGAGCCUAAAAUGUGCUCAGAUUUACAAAGUGUACAACAUGAAAGCUCCUAUGGAAAGAGUUGCCCAGUGUCAGAGAAGGUCCCAUCUAAAUCUUCGAGUUCAUCAGGUGAACACAAAGGUUUCUGUACUGCAGGUGGGAAGAAGGUAGCCGUCUCUGCUACUGCACUGCAAAGGGCAAGAUGUCUCUUUACAGAUUGUGAAGAUGUGGGUUUUGCAUCUGAGGAACUUUUAUCAGAGAAAGUCCCAUCUGAACCUGGGAGAUCUUUUGCAAGGAGUGAGAACAUUGGGGAUGAAAACCAAAAAUGUGAUCAACUAAAUGUGAAAAAUUAUGGUUUCAGCACAGCCAGUGGUAAAGUUGUUUCUGUAUCACUGGUUGCCCUUGAGGAAGCUUCUAACAUAUUCAGAGAUUGUAAUACUCAAGUUACUGGCACUGAUAACCAGCCACAUCAAACUAAUUCCUCAAAAUGUCACCCUUCAAAAGCACCUCAGGAUAUACCUGCACAAUUAGACUUGCACUCUUUGGAUUUUAGCAGUUGCACAGUCACUCAGCAGAAGUAUUUUGAGCAGGAGGCUAUGGCUUGCACUAAAGCUUUAAUAGAAGAUGAUGACUUGAAUGAACCAACUGGGUUGGUGACUUCAGAAGGCACUUACUGCAAAAAAAGUUCAUCUUUUCAUGGUCUACGGACACUGGGGUCUCUCGACCAUAACAAGAGGAAAUGUCAGCUAGAUGCCGACAGUAUAGCAGAUUCAGGUCAACCUCCUUUUAAACAACAGCUUAUCUCAGAGUUUGACCAGACUUCAUAUGCAAAAUCCUUGAGUCUCUCCCCAAUGAAAAGCUGUCCUAAUGGAACUCUAAGAGACAGGCGCAUUUUCAAAUACAAUGUCCAUCUCCAGCCUAAUGUCACCUGUCCAAACCGGGAUUAUAUGGUCCAGAAGUUGAAUGACCUUGACAACAUUGGACAGUCAGACCCUGAGGAAAGGGUGUUUGUGACCCCCAUUAGAAAGACUAUGAAGACUGAGAGACCAAAAAGUCAAGAUGUCUCUGUAGCGUUCACUGAUUUUAUUCCACCAUUCAAAAAGGAAUUCAAAGACAAUAUUGGUCAUAGCAAUAGCCUGCUCAAACAUGCAUGUGAAUCUAAAACUCCAUUUGGCCAGAGUACAGCAUUGGAUAAAAGAUUGAGUACACCUACCCCAAAUGCCCACAGCGUUUCUCUGCAUUGUGCUGAGAAGAGCCUAAGUGUUGUUUCUAAGCCUGAAGCAGCCAUUUCGGUGGAAAACAUACCUUUGGAAAACCUUGAUUCUAAAGAAAGAGACACUGAGGCAUGGCAGGAGACCAUGCAGCUAGCCAGGAAUAUGCAAGACAUGAGGCUUCAAAAGAAGAAAAGACAGAAUAUUCGUCCUCUGCCUGGCAGCCUUUACCUUGCUAAGACCUCUGGUGUCUCCAGAAUAGGUCUGAGAAAUGCUGUUGGACACAAAUGUCCAGGUCAAUACACUUUGGAGGAGCUGUAUCAACAUGGUGUUCAUUAUGAAGUCGCUCAGAUUACCAGUGAAAAUGCUGAAUCAUUCAGAUUUGACUGUAAUCAGUUCCUCAACCGUGAGGUCUUUAUGGAGUCUGGUUUUGUCCAGCUGGCUGAUGGAGGCUGUUUGGUUCCAGACUGUAAGGGUACUGUGGGGAAAGAUGAGUUCUACAGAGCGUUGUGUGAUACCCCUGGUGUUGAUCCCAAACUGAUCACUGAUGCCUGGGUGUUUAACCACUAUCGAUGGAUUGUGUGGAAACAGGCAUCCAUGGAAAGAGCUUUUCCAGAUGUGAUGGGUAGCCUGUGUAUGACUCCAGAGCAAGUACUUCUGCAGCUGAAAUUCAGAUAUGAUGUGGAGGUGGACCACAGUAGGAGAUCUGCUCUCAGGAGGAUCAUGGAGAGGGAUGACACUCCAGCUAAGACAAUAGUGCUCUGUGUAUGUGGUAUUGCUAACACUAGUCUAGCAAAAGCUGAGGACAAGAGCACUGAUGCAAAGGUGGAGUCUACUGUGAUCUGGCUCACGGAUGGCUGGUACUCCAUCAAAGGCCUGUUGGACCCUCCGCUUUCUGCAAUGCUGCAAAAGGGUCGUCUCAGAAUCGGUGAUAAGAUCAGGAUCAAUGGAGCUGAGCUAACUGGUUCCCAAGAAGCCUGUCCACCUCUGGAAGCUCCCGAUUUUCUGAUGCUAAAGAUUUCAGCUAACAGUACAAGACGAGCUCGGUGGGACACUAAGCUGGGGUACUGUCGUGACCCUCGACCUUUUAGGCUCCCGCUCUCCUCCCUGUAUGCUGCUGGAGGUGUAGUGAGCUGUGUGGACAUUGUGGUGUUGAGAAGUUACCCCACUCAGUGGAUGGAGAAGAAGCCCAAUGGCAUCUUUAUAUUUCGCAAUGAUCGUGCAGAAGAUCGAGAGGCCAGAAAACACAGCAACUCAAAGCAGAAAACCAUGGAGCUUAUCAUUUCCAAAAUACAGGCCCAGUUUGAUAAAGAGAUGGAAGGUAAGAAAAAAAGCCAAGGCAGAAGGAGGACAUUUAAUCGACAUGAUAUUGAAGCUCUGCAUGAUGGGGAAGAUCUGAAUGAAGCAAUGGAGUGUGACCCAGCUGUUGAGACUCAUCUAAGUAAGAGGCAGAUGGAGGCUGUGAGCAAGUACAGGCAGAGUCUGGGGGAGAAGAGACAGGAAGAACUGCAGGAGCGUGUGCGUAAGUCCAUGACAGAGACACAGGAAACUGAAGGAGGGUGCCGAGAUCGAGACGUCACUCCUGUUUGGAAGCUCAGCAUUACAGAUGCCAAGGAGGACCUGCAAAGUGACUAUGUUUACACACUGAAUAUCUGGCGGCCGUCAGCAGAGUUGUAUAGUCUACUUAGAGAGGGACGCAGGUACAGGGCGUAUCAUCUUGCCACAUCAGAGGGCAAGAAACGCUCAGGCAUUGCUCACAUUCAGCUCACUGCCACCAAGAAAACACUCUUCCAGGACAUUGAGGUGUCUCCAGAAUGGUUAGGUCUGCAUUUCCAUGCAAGAGAAUGCAUCAGCUUCAGAGAACUUCAAAAUCCACAAAUUAGCUCGCCCUGUGGAGAAGUGGAUAUUGUGGGAUAUAUUGUCUCCAUAGUGGACAGACAAGGGAGCUCUCCAGUACUGUACCUUGUGGAUGAGAAGUUUGAUCUGGUCUCUGUGAGAACCUCCAGCAAUUUGGAACAGUUAGCUGUAGAAGAGCUGGUAAAACCUAGAGCCCUGGUUGCUCUUAGUAACCUUCAGUUGAGGCCAUUCUCUGGGCUUGUGCCAAGUCUUUAUGCAGGAGAACAAGCACUCUUCUCCAUAAACCCCAAGGAAUUGCAUCUAAAAGAAGCUAUAGCCCAUCUGAAGACUUUUGUACUGACCUGUGAGCAGUUUUUCAGCAUUGCAGAGGAGAAGGUCUUCGAUCUAGUUCCUUCAGGUGUUUUGGGCCCUUUUCAGUCUCCAAGAACUCCAUGUGCACAGUCUACUCCAAAAAUGAACUGCAGAGUUAAUGUAACCCCUCAGCAGAAAGGCAGUAUUUUCUCACCUUUCACUCCAGUAAACAAGAGACCACAUGUAUCUGCAAGCAACAGUGAAAGCAAAGAUCUCACAAGCUUGAAAAGAAAACGAUGUCUGGACUACCUGUCACACAUCCCCUCCCCUCCACCACUCACCCCUUUGAAAACAAAAGCAUCUCCAUGCAUUAACAGGACCUUCAAUCCCCCACGGAGAUGUGUGACUCCCAUACCUCAUCAGAAAGGGAAGGAGCUAGCCCAUGCCUCACAUCACCCAUCGGCAGAGGAACAGUGGGUACCUGAUGAAGAGCUAGUGAUGAUUGACACCCAGGCAUUACUGGAUGGCCAAAGAGAAGGCUGGUUGGAAAAGUGAGGCCCACUUUGUGAAACACUAGCAUAGACAAGAGAAUGAAUAACAUUCAAGGUAUUGAGAAUCAUACAUACAGAUUGGUUCAUGAAAAGUUCAGAUUGUGUUAAUAUGGUAAGCAUAUGGUGCUUACCCUGUGGUUACCUUUACAAUGAUUCUCUUAUGACAAAUACUAUGACAUACUAGUGGUUUAAUUUUAACUGUGGCAAUAAUUUUAAACUUGUACUUAAUUGUACUGCUGUAGUUUCUGUAAAAUAAGUACAGUUCAGAAAUUGAUGUAAA